ACUGGUACAUCUUAACCUCAGGGAUCCUGUCUCCUCCACAAACUCAUCAUUCUGAACCAUUAUCCCACUACUUUCUUUCUUCCUCGCGUGAUCGUUAAUACUUAAUGUUGAUGGGAAAGAUGCGGCUACAGCUUUACACAAACGAUCUACACAAAUACCCACUCCACAGCCACGCUUUGGACGGAUCAUCCAUGGUUCUACACAAGGAGAAAAUCCCUACGAAUGACGGAUACAAAGCCCUACACCGCUCCCAUUAUCGCCGUAAACAAGAAAGGCUCCUUAGGUCAUGGAGUCUGCGUAACUCGUAGUGGAAGGAUGGCUGACCAGUUUUUUAACGUAUAAAAUCAAGUUUGAGAGAUGAUGCAAGCCCAUCGUCGACGACACCAUCUGUAGAAUUGAGUUUUACCUCUUCUGUCAAACUGAGAAUCAGCCUCCCGAAACUAUCAACAUUUGGAUACAAAAAAGGACUACCAUGACAUCAGAUCAAGCUUACCUCAAUCUUCUCCUUUGGCAAACUUUAUCUUCGAAUCCUAAUUAUCUACUCUGGUGCUCCGUUUUGGGCCUUGUUUUUCAAUGUAUAUUGUUGGGAAUCCUGAUCUCGCAAGCACGGCGAUACCUGGAGGUUUACUCACUGACAGAUCCAAUACCCUUGGUACUUGUUGUCGUGGCCGGUUUAAGUGCUGUCAUAGCCGCCCUCGCAGUAACCUGUAUCCAAGUUCACAGGCUAAUAUCGGAAUUUGACGACUAUCCAGCCGUUGCCGCAGUAGACAACGCAAACAACCUGGCGAUCUUCGGUAUUGCAGGAGCACUGGGUGGGGCUGGGUUGGUUCAAGGUAUUUGCAAAGUGUGGAAGAUAUCUGGGACAGCGAGAUUCUAUGUCUGUGCCCCGCUGGCAUUGGGAAUGCUAGCUUCAUGGGGGAUGGUUUUGGCAGCUCUUGUUCACGGUGCCUCCAUUCCCGACAUCACAGUCGCUAAUCUCGAUUAUGUGGGGAUAUGGAUGAAGAAGCAAGCCAUACUGUAUAAAGGUUGGGCCGGACUAUUGGCGGGAACUUACCUCACGACAUGGUGCUCAAGGAACUUCUUUCUGGUAAGACAAUGGAAGCAGUUUGGCGAGCAAAAAGGCCUAAGCCGAAUGUUACUGUGGAUGGUUGCUGAGAGCAUGCUACCUGUCUCUAUAGUUGCUUUGGUUUUCCUCAUUCACUUAUGCCUUUACACACCAUCACUUGCAAACAUUGGCCGAACCAUAAUGCAAUGUCUGCCCGCAUUAUCGCUUAUCUCUAUUCUCAAUCCUUUGACUUAUCGUCACCGUCUUCAGUCGAUUAUCGACACCCAAAGCAAUGUCGGUCUAAAGCCAUCCGACGCUGGCGGUUGCGGCGGGUCCGGCCUUAUAACCAACCGUCUUACCGGGAUUAGCUCGGCUUUUAAGAGCUUUUCUUACAAGGAAAGACCCGAAGAUGAGGAAGAAAUAAGCGUAAGAGUGACUGUUGAUACCUAUACCUUUGAGAAUGUUUCUUCCACACCGUCGACCCAUGAUUUCAGCAACGGAUACAAAGAGCUGUCACCCGUAGCAUCCCCGACACCAACAUUGCUUCCAGACAGCUCUUCAGCUGUGCUUGCGCCCAUUGUGCCGUUUGACCCUCGUGAAUUCGUUGGCCAGCUGCCGCAAGGGGAUUCUCAAUCUGCUCGUACAUUUGUUGCACCAAGCUUCAAGUCAGCUGUACCUAGUGGCAAAUCGAUAGCGAGAACAAAGUCGCAAAAGUCUUCCAAAAAACCGAAGGGUGGACCGAUAUUGGAUCCGGCGGGCUGGCCAGAGCUGUUGGGACGCAUGGAAGGAAUGUCAUAACUGUCUGGUCGGCAGCAAAGUGGCCGGUGUUGCAAUAGUAGGGC